AAAAAAAAGCUCAAAAUGAAAUAAAAAUGUAAAACAGCAGCAUCCAAUUUGUGCCAUGACUGCCCUCCUAUUUGUCGCGCUUGAAGCGCGAGAUUGAGUGCACCGCCAGCCCGCGGGAGGUAGUGAGGGCGCGUGCGGAGCAAACUGCCGCCGUUAUGAGGAGAGCGGAGUCGGGGCAGUAACCGCUGUCAUCGUGCAGGCUCUAUCACGAUUGAACUUUGGCCUUGCAGCUGGUAUCAGCGGUCAGAUAUCCCGGAGACUGCACUGAUCGGCGGUGUAUCCUGGGGCAGCUGCUGUUUCCUCACGGUUGGAAAUGAAUGCGGCGAGGAGCAUGAGCUCUUUGGCGUUCGCUCGGCGGCUCUUCAGCCGAGAGACUUUCAGCAAGCCGGCGCUCAGCCGCCUGGCAGGAGUGGGAGUCCUGAGCGAUUUGGGGCCGGACAGAAGGAGCAGUAGCGGCCCAGGGCCAAGCCCCAGCCAUCAGCCUCACAUCAAGAAACGCGGCUAUGAGAUCACCCGCAACCCCCAUCUCAACAAGGGUAUGGCAUUUACUCUUGAAGAACGACUACAACUUGGAAUUCAUGGUCUGCUCCCACCAUGUUUUUUAACCCAAGAUGUUCAAGUUCUCCGUGUCCUUAAGAGCUACGAGACCAAAACUAAUGAUCUUGACAAAUAUAUUAUCCUCAUGACCCUGCAGGAUCGAAAUGAAAAACUUUUCUAUAGAGUGCUUACUUCCAACAUUGAAAAAUUUAUGCCCAUCAUUUAUACCCCUACCGUGGGUCUGGCAUGUCAGCAGUAUGGCCUGGCCUUCAGAAGACCACGAGGAUUGUUCAUUACCAUUCACGACAAAGGCCACAUUGCUACAAUGUUGAAAUCUUGGCCAGUAGAAGAUAUAAAGGCCAUUGUUGUUACUGAUGGUGAGCGUAUCCUUGGACUUGGAGAUCUUGGAAGCUAUGGAAUGGGAAUUCCAGUUGGAAAACUAGCUCUCUACACUGCCUGUGGUGGAGUGAAUCCACAGCAUUGCCUCCCUGUGCUUCUGGAUGUUGGUACAGACAAUGAGACUCUCCUCAAUGACCCACUUUACAUUGGAUUGAAACAUAAAAGAGUUCGUGGGGAGGCGUAUGAUGAAUUGGUUGAUGAGUUCAUGCAAGCAGUCACAGACAGGUAUGGAAUGAGCUGUCUUAUUCAGUUUGAAGAUUUUGCAAACUCCAAUGCUUUUCGCCUUCUUAACAAAUACCGCAAUAAGUAUCUGACUUUUAAUGAUGACAUCCAAGGAACAGCAUCUGUGGCUGUUGCUGGUAUACUUGCUGCAUUGCGAAUCACCAAGGACAAACUUAAUGAUCAUAAGUUUGUCUUUCAAGGAGCUGGGGAGGCUGCCAUGGGAAUUGCACAUCUCCUCGUGAUAGCUAUGGAGAAAGCUGGAAUAUCGAAAGAAGAAGCUGUAAAAAAGAUUUGGAUGGUGGACUCCAAGGGCCUUAUUACAAAGGGAAGAACUCAUCUGACCCAUGAAAAGCAGGUAUUUGCUCAGGAUCAUGAGCCAAUAAGAAGCCUGGAAGAAGUUGUUCGGAAAAUAAAACCAACAGCUUUAAUUGGAGUAGCAGCCAUUGCAGGAGCAUUUACAGAGAAAAUAUUAAAGGAUAUGGCUUCAUUUAAUAAACAUCCAAUUAUUUUUGCUUUGAGUAAUCCUACCAGCAAAUCAGAGUGUACAGCAGAGGAGUGUUAUCAUCUGACAGAAGGCCGUGGAAUAUUUGCCAGUGGCAGUCCAUUUGAUCCUGUAACCCUGGCUGAUGGUCGUACCUUUUACCCAGGUCAGGGUAACAAUGCAUACGUUUUUCCCGGUGUUGCACUCGGAGUUAUCGCAUGUGGAGCAAGGCACAUGGACGAUGACAUAUUCCUAAUUUCCGCUGAGAUUCUUGCUGAACUGGUAACGGAGCAGGAUCUUGCAGAAGGACGUCUGUACCCACCACUCGGCACCAUCAGAGAUGUUUCAUUCAAGAUCGCCACAAGGAUUGUGGAUUAUGCAUAUAAACAUAAUCUUGCUGCCUGGUACCCUGAACCUGAGGACAAAGAAGCAUUUGUUCGUGCUCAAAUCUACAGCCCUGAUUAUGAUUCCUUUGUGUUGGAUAACUACAAAUGGCCAGAAGAAGCUAUGGAAAUUCAGAAAGUGUAGUUAUCUGUGCCACUCUAGGCAUAACCUAGAAUGUAUUGUCAAAGCCAGGUAACCUUAAUUGCAAACUAUAUGCUGCCUUCUGACAUGAUUAUUCCAAAGCAUUAUAAAACAGUUGCUGUUAAAAAGAAAGUCACUCUCAUUUAUUAAUUUCAAACCACCAAAAACAUCUUCAGUAAUAAUUUUCUAGAAGUUCAUUGCAGUUUUUGAAUUUUUUUAAAUUUCUUUUUUAUUCAUCCAGGGAUUUUUGAUAUUUCAUGAUUACAUUGGUACUUCCACCUUUUAGCAAACAUUAUUUGCAAUUUGAACAACUUUAAUAGAUAUACUAUUUCUGCACUUCGUUAUAACUAUGAUAUCAAAACACAGGCUCUGGGUUGAUAUUCACUGAACUGCCCAAAGUUACAUGAGACUUAUAGCUAUAGUGUCAUUGGCAUUUUUCACAAAAGUUAAGUUUCUUUCCUGAACAUGGCCACCAUUUUUUUCCCUCCAGAAUCAUGUGUAUGUAGGUUAUCUGCUAUAACGCAAGAUUGUACCUCUGCAAUCUUGUGCUAUAGAAAAUCAGCCUUUGGAAAACCGCUAUAGAAAAUCACACUGUAGAAGAUCGCUAAUAGAAAAUCGCUAUACCAGUAUACCCUUUCAGUAGAAAGUUUGCGUUAUCUAAAUAACAUCCACAAUUUGUCAAUUGCAUUAUAGCCAAUUUGCACUGAUAAAACACACAUCAUAGCAGAAUAACUUGUAAUACCAUUGUUUUAGUUUGGAUUAUUUUUGCAUGCUGUUCUGCUUUUGGAGUAAAGAGUCUAAUUUAGCAGUGCAAAGAGCAUGUGGGAUGACAUUUCCCAGAAUUUAAGCUAAAACUGUGUUCGUAUUUAAGCAACUUCCAAGUUGCUCAGUAAUAAAAUAAAUUAUUCAUUAACACAUUAUCCUUUCAUCUGUAAAAGUUGAAUCUAGUCCAGAAUGAUUGAUUAAAAGCCAUCUAUUUGAGAUCCAUUAAACCUUUCCAAAUGAAACCAUUUGGUGGUGGCUUUCAAAUUAAUAAUCUGCCGUAGCCAAUAAUUAUGAAUUGUUAGGGUGCAGUAAUAAUCAUUUUCUGAAAUUGCACCCAAAACUGUAUUUUAAGCAUUUCUGUUGUGCUGCGAUGUCAUUGUAUAAUUGUAGAAAGAACAUAAACCAAGAAUCCUGUGAAGGUGUACAUUGGAAGAGAACAAAAUGCUUAAUAAAUCAUGGCCUUGAAUCAA